CCCUGCCAGCCUCCCCCCGCCGCCACCGCCGGCCAUGGCUGCCCAGAGAGUGGCCGUCAUCGGUGCCGGCGCCUCCGGGCUGUGCGCCCUGAAAUGCUGCCUGGACGAGGGGCUGGAGCCCACCUGCUUCGAGAGGAGCGGGGACAUCGGGGGGCUGUGGCGCUUCGAGGAGCAGCCCGAGGAGGGCCGUGCCAGCAUCUACCGCUCCGUCAUCAUCAACACCUCCAAGGAGAUGAUGUGCUUCAGCGACUUCCCCAUCCCCGACGACUUCCCCAACUACAUGCACCACUCCAAGAUCAUGGAGUACUUCCGCAUGUACGCCCGGCGCUUCGACCUGCUGCGGCACAUCCGCUUCGGGACCAGCGUGUGCCGCGUGUCCAAGCGCCCCGACUUCGCCACCACGGGCCGCUGGGAGGUGGUGACCGAGAGCAAGGGCAAGCAGGAGUCGGCCGUCUUCGACGCCGUGCUGGUGUGCACCGGGCACCACACCGACGCGCACCUCCCGCUGCACGCCUUCCCCGGGCUGGAGAGUUUUGAGGGCUGGUACUUGCACAGCCGGGACUACAAGAGCCCACGGGCCUUCACGGGGAAGCAGGUCGUCGUGGUCGGCACCGGGAAUUCGGGCGUCGAUAUCGCGGUGGAGCUGAGCCACGCAGCCAAGCAGGUCUUCCUCAGCACCAAGCGCGGGGCCUGGGUGAUGCACCGGGUGGCGGAAGGCGGCUACCCCUUCGACUUCUCCUACCUCAGCCGCUUCGUCCAGUUCCUCCAGAGCCUGCUGCCCCUCUCUGUGAGCAACUUUGUGCUAGAGAGGAAGCUCAACGCCCGCUUUGACCACUCACUCUACGGCCUGCAGCCCCAGCACCGGGUCCUCAGUCAGCACGCGACCAUCAAUGACGACCUGCCCAACCGCAUCAUUUCGGGCAGGGUGCGGGUGAAGCCGAUCGUCCAGGAGUUCACGGAGACAUCUGCCAUCUUCGAGGACGGCACCAGGGAAGACAUCGACGCCGUGGUCUUUGCCACGGGGUACAGCUUCUCCUUCCCCUUCCUCGAGGACUGUGUGAAGGUGGUGGAGAACCAGGCCUCUCUCUACAAGUACGUGUUCCCUGUUGACCUGGAGAAGCCGACGCUGGCUUUCAUUGGCUUCAUCCAGCCCCUGGGAGCCAUCAUGCCCAUCUCGGAGCUCCAGUGUCGCUGGGCCACCCACAUCUUCAAGGGGCUGCAGGAGCUGCCGCCAACCACCAGCAUGCUGGCCGACAUUGCACAAACCAAGGAGAAGAUGGCCAAGCGGUACGUGGCGAGCCGGCGGCACACCAUCCAGGUGGAUUACAUCCCCUACAUGGACGAGCUCGCCCGCCAGCUGGGCGUCAAGCCCAACCUGCCCCUGCUCUUCCUCACCGACCCCCCGCUGGCGCUGGAGGUGCUGCUGGGGCCCUGCACGCCCUACCAGUACCGCCUGCGGGGCCCGGGAGCGUGGCGGGGCGCCCGCGCGGCCAUCCUGACCCAGCGGCAGCGCGUCGUCCAGCCCCUGCGCGGCGCGGCCGGGCGCUCGGUGCCGCGCUGCAGCUCGGUGCCGCGCGUCCUCAAGGUGCUCGUCGGCGUCGGGCUGAUCGCGGCCACGCUCGUCUACGUCUCGCUCUCGCCCUGACCCGAAGCGAAGGGGAACGCGGGUCCUGCUGG